AUGGGAAGCGCUUGGCUCUGCUUGCUGUGCCUGGCUGGCUCCAGCCUGGUCCUGCCGGGCACCGCGGAGCUGGUACCGGGGCUCCAGGUAUCCGAGAGCCUGCCCGGGCAGAGCCGGGAGGAGACGGAGCUGGUCGAGGCGCUGCAGGAGGUGCUGGAGAAACUGGGGAGCCGGGAGCUGCCGGCGGUGGAGAAAAGGCUGAGCUGGGUGCCAUUGUGCGAGCCCGGGGAGCCGUGUGCGGUGCGGAAAGGGGCACGCAUCGGGAAGCUCUGCAGCUGCCCCCGCGGCACCGCCUGCAACUUGUUCAUCCUCAAGUGCUCCUGAGGGACCGGGGACAUCGG